UCCAAGUCGUCUGUUAAGCGUUGACCACAAGUUUUUUUCUUUUAAUACUUCCACUUUUUUUCAGAUUACCAUGCUCAUGAUUGUGGGAAUUAUAGCAGAAUAAAAACUAGUAAAGCAUGGUUAAUAUAAUAGCUUCUCAGUUUUUUAUAUAUUUCUUUUUCAUUCCUGCUAUCGCAUCUGCAGCUGAUACUAUAACUGCAAAUCAAUCUCUCUCUGGAGACCAGACAAUUAUCUCUAGCGAUGAACAUUUUGAACUGGGCUUCUUUAGACCAGGUAACUCUUCCAACUAUUACAUAGGAAUUUGGUACACAAAAGUCUCAACAGUACCACCAACAGUAGUGUGGGUAGCGAAUAGAGAAACACCCAUCUCUGAUAGAUUCUCUUCUGAAUUGAAAAUCAUAGAUGGUAACUUGGUGCUUUUAAAUGAGUCAAAAACCCAAAUUUGGUCAACAAACAUGAGUUCUACUACUAGACCUGCAUCAGUAGUUCUUGGUGAUGAUGGUAAUUUAGUAUUAAGAUAUGGAUCUAUUUCUAGCCCACCAAUUUGGCAAAGUUUUGAUCAUCCGACACAUACUUUCUUGCCUGGUGGUAAGUUGAGAUACGACAAGCGUACAAACACAAGCCAGGUUCUUACUUCAUGGAGAAAUGCGGAGGAUCCUGGGAUGGGACUCUUUUCUUUAGAGCUUGACCACAAUAAUAAGCAGUUUCUGAUCAAGUGGAAUAGAUCUGUAGAGUAUUGGACUAGUGGAAGUUGGAAUGAUCAAGAUAAACUCUUUAGCUUAGUACCUGAAAUGAGAAUGAAUUAUAUCUAUAAUUUCAGCUAUGUCGAUAAUGAAAACGAGAGUUAUUUCACUUAUUCUUUAUACAAUCCUUUAAUUAUUUCAAGAUUUAUUAUAGACUUCUCAGGGCAGACUAAACAGCUGUCAUGGUUGGACAGCUUCGGGCAGUGGAAUUUGUUUUGGUCUCAACCAAAAGAUUUAUGUGAUGUUUAUGGUGGGUGUGGAGCAUUUGGUGUUUGCAAUCAGCAGAUGUUGCCAUCCUGUAAUUGCUUGACAGGUUUCGAGCCUAGAUCGCCAAGUGAUUGGAAUCUCGGUGGUUUCUUUGGUGGGUGUGUGAGAAAAACUGAAUUAUCUUGUAGUGGCAAGACUGAGAAACCCAUGUUCAUCUUAAGUUAUGUUGAAAAAAGUUUUCUUUCUUCAUUUCCUGAAAAUGAAGCCCUGCAAAUAGAUGAAACAGAGUGCAGAAGUUCUUGCUUGGAUUACUGCAUUUGUAAUGCAUAUACUUUUAUCUCCAACAUAUGUCGGCAUUGGUAUAGUGAAAACAUGAAUAAGAUAUCACUUGUGCUCUUUUCAAACGAAUCAAAUCUAGACAAGAUCUACAUCAAAGUUUCUUCAUCUGAUCAUCACAAAAGCAAUGCCAAAGUGCUUGUAGCAGGGAUCAUUUCAGGGUGUUUGGGUCUUGUGUUUCUUUGCAGCAUUGGUGUUAUAUACUACAGAAGGAUGAUAAGUCGGGAUCGAGGGGUACUGAAUGAAGAAGAUAGAAAAGGUCUUGAUGUACCUUUCUUUGAAUUUAAAAGAAUAUUAUCUGCCACUGAGAAUUUUUCACUUGCAAAUAAACUUGGACAGGGGGGAUUCGGCCCUGUUUACAAGGGAACUUUCCCCGGAGGAGCAGAAAUGGCCGUGAAGAGGUUGUCGAGUCAGUCUGGACAAGGUUUAAAGGAAUUCAAAAACGAGGUAUUAUUAAUUGCCAAACUUCAACAUCGUAAUCUUGUUAGGCUCUUGGGAUACAGCAUGAAGAACCAGGAAAUGAUACUACUCUAUGAAUACAUGCCUAAUAAAAGCUUGGAUCGUUUCAUAUUUGAUAGGACACUUUGUAUAAAUCUUGACUGGGCGUUACGCUUUGAUAUUAUUAUGGGAAUUGCUAGAGGACUUCUCUAUCUUCACCAAGAUUCACGGUUGAGGAUUAUUCACAGAGAUUUGAAAGCAAGCAAUGUGUUAUUAGAUGAGGAUAUGAAUCCCAAGAUAUCAGACUUCGGUUUGGCAAAGAUAGUUAAAGGCAGAGAUACAGAAGCUAGCACCACCAGAGUUAUUGGCACCUAUGGCUAUAUGGCCCCAGAAUACGCACUAAAUGGGUUCUUCUCAGUAAAAUCAGAUGUUUAUAGCUUUGGGGUAAUCGUACUUGAAAUUAUCAGUGGGAAAAGAAACACAGGUUAUUAUCAGAAUCAACAAGCCUUCAGCCUUGUAUCAUAUGCUUGGGGCUUGUGGAAAGAGAAAAAGCCAUUAGAUUUACUAGAUUCAGCACUAGCUGAAUCAUGCAAUUCGAUUGAAGUGUUGAGAUGUAUGAUCAUUGGGUUGUUGUGCGUACAAGAAGACCCUGAAGAUCGGCCUACCAUGACAAAUGUGCUGCUUAUGAUGGGGAUGGAUAUUGAGAGCCUCCCAGAUCCUAAAGAACCGGCUUUUGUUUCUAAAGCGCGCUCUCAUAGUUCACCGUCAUAUGUGAAUGAAUCAGAGAUCAAUCAGUUGACUGUUACCCAACAAGAAGGACGAUAAAAAAGGUAGCUAGGUCAAUCAUCUUCCGUCCACCAUAUCAUUUAUGUCACACCUUGUUCCGAAAGGUGCUAGAUCAGUCAUGUUACCCAACACCCUUUCAUUAUCAGUAAAUGUUUGUAAUAAUAGUUGACUUGCUAAGUACUGUAAAAGGAAGGAAAGAAAGAAUAACUAUUUUGAUUGUCAAUGGAAAGUUGACCAAAGUAAUAAGAAAGAAGUUUGAGGGGCUUA